UUGCUGUGUGCAUUGAACUUCAGUUGUUGAUGAUGAGUGAAGAUGCCGAGGAAGGCAUCUCUGUUGCUGCUGGCGGAGAAAUUUUAGGACAGCCUACAUCAGUGCCGGAAAAGGAUCCCGAGUAUCCACUGAAGGUGCAGUAUUGUCCAGAAUGCACUCGACCACUUGAAUUUUGCGAGUAUGGAGAAGACUACGCGGCAUGUCUGCAGACUCUGAAUGAAAAGAUGCCGGAUCUCUUCAAAGAAUUGAAUCUUUCGCUAGACAUGGCAAAGGAUGUCGAAAAGAAGAAACAGAAGCGAGGCGGAAAAGCUCAGAAAGAAAAACAAGCCAAGAAAACAGAGACUGCUCAGUCGGAACAGAAGAUUGAGAUUCAAGUUGUAGUUGAAGGAAAGAGGUCAAGAACUAGGAUAUCAGGGUUCCAUACAUUCGAUAUCAAGGUCAACGAGGCCAAGAAAACACUAGCUAAAAAGCUGGGUGCCGGAUGUACGUUAGAGAAGGACAUUAUCAUUUUGCAAGGAGAUAACGUAGACUAUUUAGUCGAAAAUGUUCCCAAGUUUUGGCCAAUAAUUCCUGCUGAUGCUAUUGAAGAAUUGUGAAAAUUUAUAUUUAAUUUAAUACAGCUAUACUUUUUAGAAAUGACAAUAAAUUGUUUUGAGCUG